GGGUGGGGGAAGUUGUUGUGUUGAACUCUAAGCAUGGGAAAGGAGAAGGAAGGAGAUUUGUGGGACGAUUCAGCUCUCAUCGAUGCCUUCGAUCACGCGAUUUCUACUUACAAGAAAAUGCAUAGCGGCGCCAAAAAUAAAGUUGAAGAAGCAGAGAGAGUGACCGCAGAAAAUGCCUCCAAGGUUGAGUUCCCGACUCUUCACACUACUAGGGAUGCUGGUGACAAAGGCAAUGUUCCGGCAAUUGAUGGGCCUGGUUCUGGUGAUACUAGUAAUGUGUCAAAGUUGGAAGAAAACCAUCAUGCAGAAUCACAGGUGGACCAACCUUGUCUAGAUUCAGCAAGUGGUCAAGACAUCCAGAGUGUGCACGACGGUUAUGUAUAUGCGCAGGGUGCAGAUGAUUAUAAUCAGUUGGUUGCACAGUACUAUGAACUUGAGGAGAAAAGGAUGAAGAUUUUGGAGCAACUUAAUCAAUACGGUGGUUUGAAUUACCAAUACACGGCUGCUGCUUCUAGUUCUGCUGUGCCAUAUUCUGAUGCUCAAGGUUAUUCAAUGGCUACGCACCAAGUUUCUGAUCCAAAUGCUGUCUGUUCGUGUUGCCCGUGUUUUAGUCAAUGUGUGUUGGCUCCAUGCACUUCAGUUCCAGGUUGUUCUCUGGGUGGAUCGUGUGUUGGCAAACCUUCUUGCAAUCAAUACGUAGAAAUGGAUCAUAAAAUGUCUUUUCCGAGGGAGGAUGGUGAAAUCCACAAAAUGGCAAUGGGAGCAGCAGAGAGGGCACUGUCUACUAUUAGAACAACCAUCCCUGCUGAUUAUAAUAUAAAUGAAGAGAAAGAGAGAAACAAUACUGAACCUGGACAAAGUAAUGGCUCAGAAACAGAUCUUACUGCCGUUUUGAAUGCUUGGUAUUCGGCUGGCUUCUAUACUGGAAAGUACCUUGUUGAACAGUCCAUUCAAAACAGAAGGCAAAAGUAAACUCCUAGAUCUUCUUCAGGUGGAGCGAAAGGGCUCUCAUACAAGUCUUGUCAACAUACUAAACAUUUGUCGAUUGAUCUACAUUUUUACAGCCUCGGGAAAUGCUGGUAGUCUGAUCUAAUUGUCAACAUACUAAAGAUUUUACAGGACACAUUCAGGGAAUAUUUUUGCCUUCUGCUGUAGACACGAUUAUAUUGCUUAAGUUUGGUGUUGAAUGCCAGAGACAUUAAAAUGUUAAUGGU